AUGCAUUAUGAAGAAAGUCUAAGACUUGAAAAACCAAAUUCAUCACAAAUUCUCGAUAACAAUGUUCGUGACCUGUCUGUUGCGCUUGUAGUGGAGGAGGAUCUAGCAACUCCACAUCUCAUCUUCUCAAGCAUUGCAUUUGGCGAGGCCUCCCCUGUUGUAACUAAUCCGUCUAUCCUCACUUCUGGAGUUGGUACCAAUGGUGACUUGGACAAGACUCCGCAAACCACUUACACUGAACAAAGAUGUGUGGAGACACACCUAACUCAAGGAUAUUGCAAUGCAGAUGAGGACGGUGUGACAUCUGAAAAAGUUCUGCCCAAACAACGGCCAUGGGAGCCAUGUAAUCUCGUCGAGGUGGAUAAUUUGAUUGAAAAAAUUGCAAACAACGCUGCCUUAAUUAACGACUUCGUUUUGUCAAGCUAUGACAAUGAUUUGAUCGACGGUAUGCUGAAGGACUGUUUGAACAAAAGUCAACUAGAAGCCGCCUCCAAUGUUGCAAUCAUAGAGGAUCCAGCUUCUCAAAUGUUGUACAAGCUUGAGUGUACCGGAAUAGUAUAA